AGGCGCGUGUGCGAGCGAGCCACUGCGGAAGUCGGAGCCGGUCUGGGGCGGGAUCUGCCAGGGUUUGACGUGGGACGCGGAACUCCCAGUGAGGCGGGAAGGCGGAAACAAGACUCUCGCAGCCUUCCUGAGCCCGAGCCCCCGGGUUCCCAGGUCUGCCCUCGCGGGGCGGCGGCCAGCUCCCUUCAGUUGGGAACUUCCAUUCGGGGCGCGUUCUCGAGCGCUCCGCAGCCGGCCUUCGGCCCCGCCCCCCGAGAUCUCGCGAGAGCAGCGCGUUGCGCGAGGCCAAGCGGCAGUCGUGGGAAGGUUGCGGCUGGCGAGCCGGGGUGCGAUGGACGAGGACCUGGCGCUGGCGCUCCGGCUGCAGGAGGAGUGGGACUUGCAGGCGGCGCUGCGCGAGGCGGCGCGGGAGCCGCUGUCGUUGGUGGACUCGUCCUGGGAGCUGGUGGACCCGACCCCGGACCUGCGGGCGCUGUUCGUGCAGUUUAACGACCGCUUCUUCUGGGGCCAGCUGGAGGCGGUGGAGGUGAAGUGGAGCGCGCGCAUGACUCUGUGUGCUGGGAUUUGCACCUAUGAAGGGAGAGGUGGCAUGUGUUCUAUCCGGCUUAGCGAACCCCUUUUAAAACUGAGACCAAGAAAGGACCUUGUAGAGACUCUUCUGCAUGAAAUGAUACAUGCCUACUUAUUUGUCACUAACAACGAUAAAGACCGGGAAGGACAUGGUCCAGAGUUCUGUAAGCAUAUGCAUCGUAUCAACCGCCUGACUGGAGCCAACAUAACGGUCUACCACACCUUUCACGAUGAGGUGGAUGAGUAUCGGCGGCACUGGUGGCGCUGCAACGGGCCCUGCCAGCACAAGCAUCCUUACUACGGAUACGUCAAGCGAGCCACCAACAGGGCACCGUCUCCCUAUGACUACUGGUGGGCUGAACACCAGAAAACCUGUGGAGGCACUUACAUAAAGAUUAAAGAACCAGAGAACUACUCGAAGAAAGGCAAAGGAAAGACGAAACCAGGGAAGCAGUCGCUGCUGGCAGUGGGGAAUAAAGACAAGCCCAGCAGAGGGGAGGCCCAGCCACUUGUCCCAUUCAGUGGGAAAGGGCAUGUUCUUGGAGACACAAACACUUCCCCUUCAUCUGGGAAGUUGACUGCCACGCACACUGGGAGUGAACCCCAAGGUCUUCUAAGUCAGGACCAUUCAGCAGGUGUCCUGAGACCUGAUUCUCAAGUUGCGGUGAAAUGGGAACAGAAUGGUUUCUCCGGCAGAAAGCCUCGUCGGGCCUCCCCCGUCUCCAGUGCUGGUCAGCAGAGUGUCCUGAGCAGCUACUUCCCCCGCAUCUCAGUGGCCAACCAGAAGGCGUUUAGAAGUGUGAAUGGGUCUCCAGCAAAGAUCAAGAUGAUCGAUGAUGGCACCAUGCCCUCAGCCUCGUGUGGCUCUCAGAGAAGGGUUCCACCUUCCAGGGUGCCCCCGAGAAACGUCUCCAAAGCCUCUGCCUCGGCCUCAGCCUCUGCUGCUGUGUCCCUUGAGAGGAAUAGCUCUGAGGACCAGCUCCCAAACAAGCGAUCCAGGCUGGGGGACAAGACCACCUUUGACACUGUAUCUAUCCAGGAGCAAGCCCAGCCUGGUGCGGAUGAGCCACAGACUAAUUUCUGUAGCUUGAGCAGUCACCAACAGCUGGUCACCUGUCCAGUCUGUCAGAGGGUAGUUUUGCAGUUGCACAUUAACAGUCACUUGGACCACUGCUUGGAAAGUGACACCAAACUCCGAACCCGGAGAGUCUGAAGUGGAAUGGGUCUCAUACCACCUUAUGGCCAUGCUACCCUCUAGUCGAGAGGACCUGAGGGUUAGUCUGGUUUACCCAGGCAGCAGUGUUCAGUUUUAUGUGUGAGCAGUUUGAAACAUUUUACAUCCAUCCAGGCAUGGUGUGAGCUUAUGUCCCAGUUAUCUGAGAGGCUGAGGAUUGUUUGAGCUCAAUGACCCUGCUCAGUGCGCUGUAUCAGCCCGUGCCUUACCAGUACCAUAGCCCACUUUGUUCUCCUGUAUGUGUGUGUAAAUCUUUAUGCUUUCCUCAAAACAGUCAUACCAGAGGUCAUGACAGUUGACUAUUAACAUUGAAAUCCAUUCCCUGAUGGUAAUCUUCACGUCAGAUAUUCAACCAGUCUGGAGUAACGAGUAUAGGAGUUGUAAAUUAUAACAAAAAGUAAAUUUUCUGUAUACUGUGUAUGUCUGUGUGUGUAUGCCUAUGUGGUCGUAUGUGUGAAGUUUUUUAAUUUAAAAGAAUAUCUCUUACUUUAGCAAAGGGUAGCAGCAAAUUUUAAAUCUGUAUUUUUAAAGAACAUACAUUUUAAAGAAUCUUCUAGUUGAAUGUGGUGGCUCAUGCUUAAGGCAGUUUCUUUGGAACUAGUAUAAAUUACUGGAUUCUGCAGAUUGUAUCUGAUCAGGAGCUUGCCUGUUUUCUCAGAAUUUAGCUGAGCUGAGUAGGUGGUUAAAACUAGAUGCUGAAAAGUGUUACCAGCCCAUGUUGCCUAGUUUGCCCAAGAGUAAGGAAAUCUCUGGAAACAGUACUUUGAACUUCAAGCCAACAUUGGAAACAUCAGAACAUGAUGCCUUUGUACACCUGGGACUUUUUUUGCAAACAUCUUUGUGCAUGGUUGAGCAGAGGGAUGCAGACAGUUGGAUCUGUUUGUUUCGUCUGUCUGGACCUCUUAGCAUGCUGACAGCUCAGGACCGUAGUUCAUUUUUCUUAACUUAGUUGUAAGAUAAUUUAUACAUGGCAAAGUAUACAAAUCCUAAGUGGGUCUCUGGGUUUGCCUGCUCUUCCCUGUGUGACGCCCUCCCUCCCUCCUGUGGCCCAGGGGCUUCCUGUUGUCGCUUGCCCUCUCCAUUCCCAAAGGUCACAGUUCUCACCCAUCACCAACGGUUGGUUUGUCCUGCUUUUCAACUUCAUGAAGUACUUUAUUUCUGUUGUGUGUAGCAGAAAUUUAUUUUAAUCCUCUAGAAUUGAAAAGAUUCCAGUAAUUUCUCAGCCAUUACAAUGUUAAUGAGCCAUUGCAGGUAUCCUCAGUUUGGGAAUAGUUUGAGGAAUGCUGCCAAGUGUCCAUCCUCAUUUCUUCGCAUUGCACCCUCAGGGAUGGAAUCACUGGGCCACAGGGCAUCUCUGUGUUCAGCCUUAGUAAGUACUGCUCGCCUGUUCUUCCGGCCGCCUGUGGAGCUGUGAGUGGUUCAGCAUUCAUAACAGUUUUUUACCUGUCUGGUUGUGUAUUCACAAGUUUUGAUAGUUUUUAAAGCAUUAAAGAAUUAUUAAAUAUUAA